ACUUUAAUUUUUUUUUAUCAGAUCAGCUUGAUUACACAUACGUCAUCUUCUUUUGAUUUCGGUUUCAGUUCGAUCUCAAUCAUGGCCUCAAGUCUAGAGACGAUCAGCCUGCCACAUUUACCAUUGAUGCCCGUGCAUGUUGCUCUAUAUCGCAAUGUUCAAAAUGCCGCCUCUCUGAAAGGUCAACUUCUCGCCGGUCAGAUAGAAUUCCAGUAUGCAUUUAUUGAUGCAAGCAUGGUUCUAUCAAGGGCUCACGCCACUGCUGCAGUAUUCAGAGCAGUUAAUGAUUACAUGCACAAUCGACUGAAGUCUCAUAAUGUGCAUUCCGAGAUCGUGUUCUCAUUGAACCCUACGAAUAAUAUCACCGAAUCAUUCCGUAGAUUCGGUAUUACCGAUUCAACCAAAGACCUGUUGGUGAUCAAAGUCUCUGUCUCUCCGGAGAUAACACAUGAAUCCGUUGCGGCGCACUUGGACAGCUCGGUUCAAGGAACACCUGUGCCUUUCGAUAACCAGACACUCUCCGAAAUCUCUGAUAUCAACAAGAUCAAGAAAGCGUACAAGCUAGGGGCUCUGCCUUCGCCAACGGCCAAGGAGAAUGAUGAGGCUAAGCAACGACUGGAAAAUUCCUUGUUGAGUGCAAUCGCCUUGAGGGGAUCAUGAGCAAUUGCCUAUAUCAAGCAACCAAAUCCACUGUGCCCCAAAUUCCUAAAGAUUGCCAUUGGACGAGUGGGAAAUGCAUUCAUUUUCCAAGCUGUGCUGUUGUUCUCUAGUGUGGGAUAUCAUGAGCAACAAAUUGGCUUGACUUGAAAAUAUGCCCAUCAUCAAGAACAAGCAGACCAUGGUUUUUCUGAGGUCGACUAUUCCUCAGCCCCAAGAUUGAGCAGAGAACACCCUAGGUCUCUCUUCUGAGACAGUGCACGAAGUCAAGAUAAUGAAUAAUUGAAUGAAAUAUUCCAAAUGUGCAAGGCAUGUUUUUUUAGUUCGACGGACGCGCCUAAUCCUGGCCGUUUGUUUAAUGUGAUACUGGACAGUAA